GAGACAAUACCCUCAGAAUUAAUAACUAACUUGCAAUCAUUUUAGAAUUCGAAAUAUUGUUAAAUUGACUGAAAUUGAGAGAAUAACGCAUUGUGUCAAAAUGCGUCUUUCGCAAGUUGGUGCUUGCGUAUUGUUGGCGGUUGUUUCGAUUCAACUUGUUCCUUGUAAGGGCCAAGCCACGGAGUUUCUUUUCGGGACGUUCCCAGACAACUUUUGGUGGAGCACGGCGACAUCUUCGUAUCAGAUUGAGGGUGCCUGGAACGUCAGUGGUAAAGGCCUGAACAUCUGGGACACAUAUUGCCACGUAGGGGGAAACGUAAACAACAAUGACACUGGAGAUGUUGCCUGUGAUAGCUACAACAAAUAUGACGAGGACAUCAAACUUAUGAAGGAACUAGGGGUGUCCCACUAUAGAUUCUCAAUAUCGUGGGCAAGAAUCUUCCCAGACGGCACAAAAGCAUCCUACAACCAAGCAGGGAUCGAUCAUUAUGAGAAGUUGGUAGAUGCCUUGAAAGCAAAUGAUAUUAUCCCGAUGAUAACGCUUUAUCACUGGGACUUACCACAAGCUCUACAAGACAUGGGCGGCUGGACCAACGAAUCAUUGAUUGGGCAUUUUAACGAUUAUGCUGAUGUCAUGUUCGAAAAACUUGGACCUAAGGUUGAUCUUUGGUUGACAUUUAACGAGCCAUUUGUUGUAUGCUGGUUGGGUUAUGGAGUCGGUGCCCACGCUCCCGGAAUCAAGGAAGCAGGAACAAGCACUUAUGAAUGCGCCCACACAAUUAUCAAAUCUCACGCCAAGGCCUGGCACACUUACGAUACAAAAUACAGAGCAACUCAGAAAGGCAAGAUAGGGAUUACUUUGGAUUCCGACUGGAAGGAAGCCUUUAAUGCAAGUAACCCGGAUGACGUUGCUGCAGCCGACAGAGCCAUGCAAUUCAAACUCGGAUGGUUUGCCCAUCCAAUAUUUGUAAAUGGGGACUAUCCUGAGGUUAUGAAGGCUGCUGUUUAUAAUAAGAGUAUGGCUCAGGGCCUUGAUGCCUCUAGACAGCCAUCUUUCACUGAAGCCGAGAAACAAGAAAUUAAAGGUACCCAUGAUUUCUUUGGACUGAACCACUACACGACACAGUUGAUCGAACCUAGAGAUUGGGAAUUCGAGAGUUGGGAACAAGACCAAGAGGCUAAAGAGAUCAGGGAUCCUUCAUGGCCAGACUCAGGCUCUGAUUGGCUGAAAGUCGUUCCAUGGGGAUUACGAAAGCUAUUGAGCUUUGUGAAGGAUAACUAUGGCAACCAGGAGAUCAUCAUCACUGAGAACGGUGUAUCCAUACAGAGUAAUACCAAGGAAGACGCACUGAACGAUCAAGCCAGAAUAGACUAUUACAGGGGGUACAUAAAUGAAGUCCUAAAAGCUAUACGACUGGACAACGUAAACGUUAUCGCAUACACAGCCUGGUCUCUACUGGACAACUUCGAAUGGUCCAGGGGAUAUGCAGAGAGAUUUGGACUUCAUUACGUUGACUUUGAUGACCCUGCUAGACCAAGGACAGCCAAGGAAUCUGCGAAAUACAUCAAACAGCUGAUCAAAGAUCACGGGUUCCCCGAUACGUCAGGAGGGUCAAAGAAACAAGGGAGUGCUAUUGUUGGACUGUGUAGCGUUCUUGGUGUUAUUCUUCUGAAAUUGUUCAAUUAAUUGCAUUUUGUCAGUACCAAAGAUACGUUUGGGGCAUGUAGCAAGCUUUUCCAAGGGGGUUCAGUUUUUAAAAAUUCCAAUGGAUUCAACUGUGGCCAAAGAUUACUUAAGGGCUCAAAAAUGCACGAUUUGGAAUGCCCAAACACUGAACCCCCUUGAAUACGGGCCUGCACUAAUAACAGACCUUAACAGUUAGCUCUUCUAAGUUGGUCAAAGAGUUACGACGGGAUUGUGCAGUGCUCGAGUUGUUUUUAUGAUGUCUUAAUUGUGUUCAAAUUCAAUAGGUUUUUACACCUUUAGUGAUGCAACUAACGCGCAUUUGUACAAUUGACUUUGAAACCUCUUCAAUAUAGCUUUGUAUUAAUGGUCAUGACCAUUCCAAGCUUUUCUAAAAUUUGAUGAAGUGCCUAGAUUUUGGCAUUUAAUGAUGAUUUAAGAAUGCUGACUUGGAUAUCAUUUAAAAAGAACAGUCAUUAUAAUGGCCAUAUGCAAUUAUAUUUUUGAUAUUAAAAUACAGCUUCUGCAAUGAUAUUAUACCAUCGAUAUUAUAUUGGAUCUUCUGCCAUGAUAUUGUACCAUUGAAAUUAUAUUACAGCUUUUGCCAUGUCAUUCUAUUGAUAUUAAAAUUUCUAUCAUGAUAUUUUGAUAUUGAUAUUAUUUACAGCCUUUUUAAUGUCAUACUAUUGAUAUUAUAGCUUCUCAUACAAUUGAUAUUAUAACACCUGUCAUGAUAUUAUACU